AUGAUGGGGCCUAAACCGGUCCCCAAUCGCGCCGAUCUCGUCGACUACAACUACGCGGUCGCCGGCCAUGCCGGAACGCUCUGCGACCCCGAUGGCGAGCUCUUCAUCAAGCCCUGCACACAGCCGGAGAUCGACUUCUACCAGUCAGCAAUGGCAGAGCACCCGCGCUUCGCGGACCUGAUGCCCGUGUACAUGGGCAGUCUGAUGCUCAACGACGCCACGGACGUGACCUCGAUAGACGAGCAAUUACCCGUCAUCGCGGACCACAUCAGCCAGGACAUGAAGGAGCAGGUUGUCGAGAUGAUGGCGGGCAAGGCUCAUGAGGCCGCGCUGCAGGGCCCGCCAGAGACCACACCCGAGAAUAUCAUCUGGAACCCGAAUAAGAGCAAGAAGAUUGUGACGGACACGGCGCUGGUGCUGGAAAACGCCGCGUACGGCUUCAAGAACCCCAACAUCAUGGACGUGAAGCUCGGCAUCCGAUUAUGGGCAGACGACGCGCCGCUGGAAAAGAAGCAGCGGUUCGACAAGAUCAGCGGGGAGACGACACACCGGGACCUGGGCUUCCGGAUAGCGGGCAUGCGCGUCUACAGGGGCUCGGAGAACCCGGCGGAGCUCGACCGCGAGGACUACAGGAUCUACGACAAGGACUACGGCCGCACGGAGGUCAACACGGGCAACAUCGUCGAGGCCUUCCGCAAGUUCGUCUUCAACCCGACGGCGGGCAUCGACGAGGAGAUCGGCAAGGCCGUCGCGGACGCCUUCAAGCGGGACCUGGAGGCGGUGCGCGACGUGCUCGAGCGCGAGGAGAGCCGCAUGUACUCGGCCAGCCUGCUGUUCGUGUUUGAGGGCGACGGCGCCGCGCUGCGGGCCGCCGUCGACGAGAUGAGCGCCAGCGCGGCGGCGUCGAAGGACAAGGGCGGCGAGAACCACAUCCCCGGUCGGUCUGCGCUCCGCGUCGACAGCGGGAUCGACAUGGGCGACGACGGCGAGCUAAUUCUUCCAGGCGAAGAAGAAUCCGGGGACGACGACGACGACAUCAAGGACGAGCCCCGCAUCUAUACGUUAAAGCUGAUAGACUUUGCCCACGCGCAGUGGACCCCCGGCCAGGGCCCCGACGAGAACGCGCUGACCGGCGUGCGGAGUCUGGUCCGCAUCUUCGACGAGCUCGCGCAAUGA